AUGUCUACUCUUAGCCCACCCCAUACUACAGAGUCCACUAUCGUGGUGAUCGGUGCCGGGAUCAUCGGCUUGACCAGUGCCCUCAAGAUCCAACAGUUAAUAGCAGAUUCUCCAUCUGCAGCACCAACAUCAGUACUUCUUGCCGCUAAAGAAUGGCCGACUUCAAUUCCUGGAGCUCCAAUUGCUCACUCGGCUGACUAUGCUUCUAUGUGGGCUGGCGCUCAUGUCAGACCCAUCCCCGCAUCAACGCCACAGCUUCGCCGUGAAGCGAAAUGGGUAAAAGCUACUGUCGCUGAACUGGAGAAGCAUCGCCAGAGUGAACCUGGAGUAGGAAUUCGUCGUCUUCCGGGAAUCGAGUACCUGGAGGAUCCAUCCGCCGAAUACCUAAAGCAAGAUAAGCUUAGCUUUACUACCGAGACCGGAUUACCGGGAUAUCGCAAGUAUGAGACUCAUGAACUUCCAGAGGGUGUAAAGCUCGGAUUCGAGUAUGAGACGUAUUGCAUCAACGCGCCAUUGUACAGCGCCAACCUCCUUCGAAAGUUUAUCGUUCAAGGAGGAAAGACUGUUCAGCGGGAUCUCAAGAGUGAAUGGGAGGCUUUCAUUCUGGCGCCACAUGUGAAGCUUGUUGUAAACGCCAGCGGAAUGGGGUUUGGGGACACAAAGUGUUUUCCCAUUAGAGGUCAAACGGUAUUGACAAACCUUACUGCCGCUGAUAAAACCAUCACAACACAAAAGAAAGACGGAACAUGGAGUUUCAUCAUCCCGAGAUCGUUCAACGGCGGAACAGUCAUCGGUGGUACCAAAGAAAUGGGCAACUGGGAUCUUGAACCAUCACCAGAAACGCGCACACAGCUACUAAAGGCUGCCCAAUCCAUCAUACCUCAAGCUUGUGGCAAGGAACAAGACACUGGUCCGCUCAAGGUGAUCAAGGAUGUCGUUGGAAGAAGACCAGCUCGUGAGGGAGGUAUGAGGGUCGAAACAGAAGCAAAAGAUACUACUUGGGGUGUCAAACAUGUUGUACACGCUUAUGGAGCUGGCGGACGUGGUUAUGAGCUUUCUUGGGGCGUGGCGAGUGAAGUCGCGGAGUUUGCGAAGGAAAUACUUGGGUCGCAAUCGGCGGCGAAGGCAAAGCUCUAG